AUGAAGGCAAAGAAACAACCCGGAGACGCGCUAUGGUGCAGGGAUUGGCCGAGUCGUGACCCAGGCUCUGAAGUAUGUACUCCGUACUUUCCCAUGUGUGGAGAGAAGUUGGGGAACCAGGACAGUCUAGGGAGAUCAGAUCAAGUUGAGAAGAAGGCGAAGAAAGAAGACGCUGUCUCACCGGGAGGCAAACAUAGGACUAUAAUCGGGAAUAUGCAGUGUACAGCAGGCGUACAGCAAGGAUUAGAAUGUAGAGAGACAAGCCUUCGGGAUUCCAGACGAAUCGUGGGCCAUCAAAGCUUGUGUCGUCCAUUCCAGGGCACACAACAGCCAAUCUAUGGAAUAUGA